AUGGACGAGCUUGACCGGAUACUUAAUGAUUUCACGUCCCCGAUAAACGGUUUGUUGCACGGAGCGGCUUUCAUCGCCGUUGACAAGAAUGGUAAUAUCAUAUAUCAAAAGGCCACUGGGAGAGCGAGCCCUGACCCUGGUAUCGCGAAGCCCCUCGACCUGGACUCGUUGUACUGGAUUGCUUCUAUGACAAAGCUCGCCACGGCUGUAGCUGUUGUACAACUGGUCGAGCGAGGUGUCGUUUCAUUAGAUGACGAAGUGCGCGACAAGGUCCCCGAGCUCAAGGACCUCCAGGUACUGCGGGGCAUGAAGGAGGGAAAAGAGCUAAACUUGGAGCUUAUCCAGGGCAAGAUCACGCUGCGCCACCUACUUUCCCAUGCACCCGGGUCUGUGUAUGAUUCGUCGCCGCUACUGCAGCGGUGGUCCGAGUCUCGACGACGGACGGCACACGCCUUCAGUGGAAGUAUGGACGGAUAUCGCCAUCCAUUAAUCUUCCAGCCGGGCACAUCUUGGGGGUACGGAGCUGGCCUCGACUGGGCUGGUCAGAUGAUCGAACACGUCACCGACUCAACACUGGAAGAAUACAUGCACGCCAAUAUCUGGUCCAGAAUUGGCGCCACAUCGACUACAUUCCACCCGGAGCUACGUGCCAAUACUCUCCCAUCGCAGAUGGAGAUGGGAGAACGGGUAAGCGUUGGACAGGGUGUUGAUUCACUCAAACCCGGAAGGAUCUGGCUAGGCUAUCCACUGGAAGAUGACUUGGGAGGUAUUGGUCUCUUUAGCACUCCGCUAGAUUUCAUCAGGCUGUUAUCAACACUGCUUCAAGGUGGGAGCCCACUGCUCAGCAAAGAGAGCGUGGAUCUGCUCUUUCGGCCACAGUUGAGCCAUGCAUCCAGGGCGGCAAUGCCCAAGGCACUGGGAAAGCAAAUGAGGCGGAUCCUUGGGAUCAAGGCCGUGGAGGAUUGCGAUCAAGCAGAUCACUCUCUAGCGGGGCCUGUUACGUUGAAAGAUAUUCCAGGUCGUAGGCGACGGGCAACAGCCAGCUGGAGUGGUUUGCCGAAUACCCACUGGUGGGUUGACCGAGAGGCUGGGGUUGCUGCUGCGCUCUUCACCCAGAUUAUGCCUCCCGCGGAUGCUGCUACCACCGACCUUUUGAUCGAGCUUGAGAAAGCACUAUAUAAGGCUAUCAGCUCGCCGCGACACCCGAGUGGUGCCACCAGGCUAUGA